ACAUGCCUAAACUACAGCAACAACAGCAGCAGCAGCAGCAGCAGCAGAACCGAGACGUGGAGCUGGACAGACUGGUGCGCCAGUCGCCCCUCCACCGCCCCCCGUCCCGAUCCCGCUCAUGCACCCCGUCGCCUUCGUCCCCCAGCAGCGUCCUGGAGCUGCCCAACGUGCCCUCCUACCCCCGGCUGCCCCCCAUCCGCCAGCUCUCGGGCCUCUCCAACCCUGCCUUCCACAUCGAGGAUGACGACCUGGCCUCUGCACAGCGCUCAGGGGGUUCGAGACUCAGUUUACGGCCUGCUGUCAAUGUUGAAGAUGUGGACUCUGAAGGAGUACUCAGCAAAGUGUCUCAGGACAGGCCCCGCGUCAUCAGCCAGCACAGCGCCAACCUGAAAACACUCAUGGUGCCUGGAGCCCCCAAAGCCAACCGCACAAGAAAACGACUCUACUCUCAAGACAAUGAAGAGGAGGAUGAGAAAGAAACGUCAGUCCACGCGUGGCCAAGCCAGAGCAGCCUUCUCAGCGCAGACGAAGGGAUGAAAGAGAGGCCGGCCUCCGCUGCGAGCCAGACCAGCACAGCGGUUAAUGAGCGACUGCAGGAGCUAGUCAAGCUCUUCAAGGAGCGCACGGAGCGCGCCAAGGAGAAGCUGAUCGACCCUGACGACUCGGAUGAGGACACGCCACCUGCCUCCCCUGCCAAACCUGCUGGCCCACCUCCUGAGCAGCCUAAGGAGGAUAACGCUGCCCCUGCACAGGAGCAGGAGGUGAAAGAAGAAGAGGAAGAGGAGAAGGAGAAGGAGGAGGAGGAGGCGGAGGAGGAGGAGCAGGGGAGGAGGCGUCUCUGCUGCCGAGGGAGGUCUGGCUCCUGCUUCACCAGGCUGCUGCACUAUCGCUUCCCAUCCAGCAUCGACCCCUUCACAAAUCUGGUGUAUGUCCUGUGGCUGCUAUUCGUCACCUUGGCGUGGAACUGGAACGUGUGGCUGAUCCCAGUGCGAUGGGCUUUCCCGUACCAGACUCCAGGCAACAUCUACCUGUGGCUCCUCACAGACUACCUGUGUGACACCAUCUACAUACUGGACAUCUUAGUCUUUCAGCCCCGGCUGCAGUUUGUGCGUGGCGGCGACAUUGUGUGUGAUAAAACAGAGAUGAGGAAGAACUACAUGAAAACCUUUCGCUUCAAGAUGGACUUAAUCAGCCUAAUUCCACUGGAGUUAUUCUACAUCAAAACCGGUGUCAACCCCCUCCUGCGAUUUCCACGGCUACUGAAGAUCAUGUCCUUCUUCGAAUUUAAUGAGCGUCUGGAGGCCAUAUUGACCAAACCUUACUUUUACAGAGUCAUCCGCACAACCACCUACCUGCUCUACUCUCUGCACUGCAAUGCCUGCCUGUUCUACUGGGGCUCUGCCUAUCAGGGCCUGGGAUCCACCCAAUGGGUCUAUGACGGAAAGGGAAACAGCUACAUUCGCUGCUAUUACUUUGCAGUGAAGACCCUCAUCACCAUCGGUGGACUGCCAGACCCCACCACCCUAUUUGAGAUCGUCUUUCAGCUCAUCAAUUACUUCGUUGGAGUAUUUGUAUUCUCCAUCAUGAUUGGUCAGAUGCGAGAUGUGGUGGGUGCAGCGACCGCAGGGAAGACCUACUACAGGUCGUGCAUGGACAGCACAGUGAAGUACAUGGCUGCCUACCGGAUCCCUAAAGAGGUCCAGAACCGGGUCAAGACCUGGUACGAGUACACCUGGCAAUCACAAGGCAUGCUGGAUGAACAAGAGCUGCUGGUUCAGUUGCCUGACAAGAUGAGAUUGGAUAUAGCUGUGGAUGUGAACUACUCCAUUGUGAGCAAAGUUGCUCUUUUCCAGGGUUGCGACCGCCAGAUGAUCUUUGACAUGCUAAAGAGCCUGAGGUCUGUUGUUUAUCUGCCAGGAGAUUACGUCUGUAAAAAGGGGGAGGUGGGUCGUGAGAUGUACAUCAUCAAGGCUGGAGAGGUGCAGGUGGUGGGAGGUCCUGAUGGGAAGACGGUCUUCGCCACACUGAAGGCCGGCUCUGUGUUUGGAGAGAUCAGCUUACUUGCAGUGGGUGGAGGGAACCGCCGCACGGCUAACGUGAUCGCCCACGGCUUUGCCAACCUCUUCAUACUGGACAAGAAGGACCUGAACGAAAUCCUGGUUCACUAUCCUGAAUCCCAGAAGCUGCUCCGCAAGAAGGCCAAGAAGAUGCUGUCGAAGGACAAAAAGCCUGAUGCGAAGAAGGAGGAAGCCAAAGACAAGAGCCAGGUCAUCCCUCCUCGAGCUGAGACGCCAAAACUCUUAAAAGCUGCCCUGGAGAUGACCGAGAGGUCGGGCCUCAAAGGUGCCCUCUCCAAAUUGAGAGAGAAGAACAACAAGUCCAGCGUAUCUCUUCAGCCAUCCUUGGCAUCCUCACUGCUCACACCCUCUCCCACGCCGGCACAGCCUCUGGAGCCACAGGCUGAUAGCAUGUCUCAGAACUCGGAGAACUGCAGCUUGGCACCCACGGCAACGGAACAUCCAAGAGAUGGAACUGCCACUUCUUCCAAGGAGAGAGAAGUUUUAGGAGAGGAUCGUGGAAAACAGGAAAAGGAAGAGAAAGAGGAGGAAUAAAAUGGACAAAACACCUGUAAAAGGUUGAUUUUUUCCCACCUCUCCACUCCACGGAUUGAUGAUGUCUAUCAUUUCCUGAGGACUAAACUGUACACGUGCAGUGUCUGCGAUAACCUCCUAUGUAAACUCCCUGCUUCUUGAGGUCUUUAUGUCUCACUCCGUCAAACACUUAUUGGUAUGUGUCGUUCUUUUACAAUGCACAGUAUGGCUGAAUGCAUUUCUAAGGGUUUAGUUCAAUCUCCAUGUAUUUCAUGUGUGAAAUCAAUGUAAGAGGUUGGUGCACUAUUUUGUCCCUCUCCACGUUUCUUGUUUCUAGCUGCUCUUGCUGUUGAAUAAAUGCCUUAAAAUGAACCGAAACAUAAUGUUUUUUGUGCUUUUCGCCAUUUGUCAUUGUUCCAGCUGUCUUUUCCCAUACAUUCAUGUAAAUAGAACAUCAAUUAAGGGAAAAGACAGUGUAGGAUAACGAAUGGCAUUAUAAUGCCUAUAGUUUUACUGAGGCAUAACACAUCAGGAGUUGCAAGUGAAAAAUAUAGCCUACCUCAGUUAUUUUUAGUUUUAUAUCUGUCUUUAGAUACCCAUAAAAAACAUUGCUUAAAAAUGUUGAAUGGUUGAUUUUGUUUACGAAAGAGUAUGUAUACCUAUAGUAUAUCAUAUAUUUACAUUACUUGUUUGUAUAUAUGAAACUGAGACAUUUUUUUCAAUUUCUGUAAAUACUGUAAAAAGAAGUGUAUUUGUCAUCUUUGGCAAUCAAAGGUCUACCGGCGUCCAGGCCUGUAGGUCUGCAUUUCCAGGUUGAAUAUGUUGUACGUUUUGUUUUUUUGUUGCCACAGUAAACAAAUAAUUUUGUAUGGUUCCCUUCUUUCUAUUUGUCAACAUGAUCUGAUGGCAUAAUUUCAUCUACAUUUAAAAAAAAAGGCCUAUGUCUAAUGUCUACAAAGCACAUUAUUUAUAUAGGCCUAUUUCAUAUCACCAUGUACUGUUGUUUAUAUGUAAAUAGAGCAAGUGUGUGCAAUAUUGUUUAUUGUCAAAUGACUGAAUUCCCUUAAAUAAAUAUUCUA